GCCAUUAUACCUGCCUAUGAGUCCUUUAUAAUGUCCCUUUGUGCCUCUUCUCACAAGGAGUUUUCUCAGCUGCUGCCUGUUCAAGACAUGGAUAUCAAAAACUCACCAUCUAGCCUUAACUCUCCUGCCUCCUACAACUGCAGUCAAUCUGUCCUACCCCUGGAGCAUGGCCCCAUAUAUAUCCCUUCCUCCUAUGUAGAGAGCCAUCACGAAUAUUCGGCCAUGACAUUCUAUAGCCCUGCUGUGAUGAAUUACAGUAUUUCUAGCACUUCAGAUAACAAUGAAAGUGGGCUUGGUCAACAGACAGCAAGCCCACAUGUGUUAUGGCCAACUCCUGGGCACCUGUCUCCUUUAGCAAUUCACUGUCAGUCCUCACUUCUGUAUGCAGAGCCUCAAAAGAGUCCUUGGUGUGAAGCAAGAUCACUGGAACACACCUUACCUGUCAACAGAGAGACACUGAAGAGGAAGGUCAGUGUGAACCAUUGCACCAGCCCGGUUACUAGUCCAGGUUCAAAAAGGGAUGCUCACUUCUGUGCGGUCUGCAGCGAUUAUGCGUCUGGAUAUCACUAUGGAGUCUGGUCGUGUGAAGGAUGUAAGGCCUUUUUUAAAAGAAGCAUUCAAGGACAUAAUGAUUAUAUUUGCCCAGCUACAAAUCAGUGUACCAUAGAUAAGAACCGGCGUAAAAGCUGCCAGGCCUGCCGGCUUCGGAAGUGCUAUGAAGUAGGAAUGGUGAAAUGCGGCUCCCGGAGAGAAAGAUGCGGGUAUCACGUGGUGAAACGACAGAGAAGUUCCAGCGAGCAGCUGCACUGCCUGAGCAAAGCCAAGAAAACCGGUGGGCACCUGCCACGAGCCAAGGAGCUGCUGCUGAGUGCCCUGAGCCCCGAGCAGCUGGUGCUCACCCUCCUCGAGGCGGAGCCACCCAACGUGCUGGUGAGCCGCCCCAGCACACCCUUCACAGAGGUCUCCAUGAUGAUGUCCCUCACCAAGCUGGCCGACAAGGAACUGGUGCACAUGAUUGGCUGGGCCAAGAAAAUUCCUGGCUUCGUGGAGCUCAGCCUGUUGGACCAAGUGCGGCUCUUGGAGAGCUGCUGGAUGGAGGUGUUGAUGGUGGGACUGAUGUGGCGCUCCAUUGACCACCCCGGCAAGCUCAUCUUCGCCCCAGACCUCGUUCUGGACAGGUCAUCAGAAGACCCUCAUUCGCACGUUUGGCAGAUGAAGAGCGGUGCCCCAAGGGAUGAGGGGAAAUGCGUAGAAGGAAUUCUGGAGAUCUUUGACAUGCUCCUGGCAACAACUUCAAGGUUUCGUGAGUUGAAACUCCAGCACAAAGAGUAUCUCUGUGUCAAGGCCAUGAUACUCCUCAACUCCAGUAUGUACCCUUUGGCCGCAGCGAGCCAGGAGGCGGAGAGCAGCCAGAAGCUGACUCACCUGCUGAAUGCUGUGACUGACGCUCUGGUCUGGGUGAUCGCCAAGAGCGGCAUCUCUUCCCAGCAGCAGUCCGUACGCCUGGCUAAUCUCUUGAUGCUCCUGUCUCACGUCAGGCACAUCAGUAACAAGGGCAUGGAACAUCUGCUCAGCAUGAAGUGCAAAAAUGUGGUCCCUGUGUAUGACCUGCUGCUGGAGAUGCUGAAUGCUCACACGCUCCGUGGGUAUAAGUCCUCCGUCUCGGGGUCUGAGUGCAGCUCAGCAGAGGACAGAAAGAGCAAAGAGGGCUCCCAGAACCCACAAUCUCAGUGAUGCCUGGCCUGGAGGUGAAAAGGCCCACAUGUGGUCAAAGUCAGAAGCAUGAACUUAAGCAGAUCAGGAGCCUGGCCUUCACCGUAUCUCCACAGAGUGGCCCCUCAUCUGGGUAUGGCUGCCUCUGUCAUGUUUGGCCCUUCCCUACCUUCUACUUCUCAGGAGUCAGGGUGAGAAAAUCAAGUUUUCCUUGUAUUGGGGGCACAUUUGAAUACAGAGUCCCAUGUUACAUGGCUGUCUAGGAUCUCAAUGUGGUCCCUUUCUUACUUUCCAUCUCCAUUCCCCUCUUUGGGAAAUAUCCUAAAGGUCUUGGAAUGAAUGGUGUAAAUCUGACAUGGAAGUGUUGCAAAUUAGAACAUGACACAUUGAUAGGAAAUGGACUAACCCUAAAUGUGCACUCUU